AUGACGUACUGGUGGGUGGAUCUUCGCAAGAGGAAGCGUUGUCACGCUUGGAGAGUGUUCUUCAACGUCUUCAAAGUUAUGGAGUCAAGGAAAAAUGUCGUGUUACAGACUGACCAUGCUCCUUUAGUGACAAUCUUUGGAAAUAAGCGGGGAGUUCCCUGUGUCGCCGCUGCGCGUCUUCAACGAUGGGCCCUGAUCCUCUCCGCCUACAGUUUUGAAGUAAAGUACCGCCGUGGCUUGGACUUGCCACAUGCGGACGCUCUUUCGAGAUUACCGUUACCUGAUGACGACCAAUUGGAGCUGGAUUCCAACUACAUCUCUCAUGUUUCUUCCCUGGUAGAGGCCUUUGACUGUUUCAAAUUGGUGAGUGAUCUCAAUCCUAUUACUGCUAAGGAUAUCGCUCGACUUACUGAUACUGAUCCUGUUUUGACAAGGGUCAGAGAUUUCAUUUGGCAUGGAUGGCGUGAUAGUCAAGAUUCUGAGCUGGUUGCUUAUUUUCGAAGAAGGGAUGAGUUGUCCGUAGAGAACCAGUGUGUUUUAUGGGAUAGUCGAGUAGUGGUGCCAGAGAAACUGAGGAGUGCCGUUAUCCAAUUGCUGCAUGAUCAGCAUCCCGGAAUAAAUAGGAUGAAAAUGUUAGCCCGAAGCUUUGUUUGGUGGCCGGGAAUUGAUAAAACAAUUGAAGAGACUGUUCUCUCAUGUCAUGUGUGUCAGUGUACAAGGAAUGCUGUGGCUAAGGUGCCAUUAUGUCAGUGGCCUAGAGCUUCAAGUAGGUGGCAGCGCAUCCACGUGGAUUAUGCGGAAGAUCCACUAACAAGACAACAAAUGCUCAUAGUUGUUGAUAGUUUUAGCAAAUGGCUAGAAGUGUUUAUCAUGAAAUCUACUACAUCGUUUAAAACCAUUGAAAAACUGCGUACGCUGUUUGCGUCUUUUGGCCUACCCGAAGAAUUGGUCAGUGAUAAUGGUCCCAAUUUUGCUAGUGGGGAAUUCAGAGAAUUUCUGAGCAACAACGGUAUUAAGUUUACGCUCUCACCUCCUUACCAUCCUGCCUCGAAUGGGGCUGCAGAAAGAUUUGUACAGGAAGUCAAGAAGAACCUUAAAAGACAGGUUAUGGCUAGUGGUUCUGAGACCAUUUCUUUACAACAUAAAUUGGAUAAUUUCCUCUUUGCAUUUCGCAACACACCCAGUACUGUCACUGGUGUUACCCCUGCGGAAUUGUUCCUUCAAUGGAAACCGAGAACUAAGUUGACAAUGCUUAAACCCUGUUUAUUGUCAGCCAUUGAUAAGAAGAGGGAGGCGCAGAAGGAAGCAGCCGAUAACCAUCGGGGAAGUUUCAGAUCCUUUGUGGAGGGAGAAAGGGUGCUUGUGAAGUCAGUACGGCAGGAGAUCAUUUCUUGGAUUCCUGGGAGAAUUUUGGAGCGGAAAAGUCCGUCUACUUAUGUGGUGAGCGUCCUGGGAGGUAAAAUACGUUUCUGCCACGCAGAUCAUUUGAGAUCUAGUAAGUUGACUGAGGAAGAGGAAGUUACAGUCAAUAGGCCGGUAGUGCAAUCUCCGAUCAAAUCCCCUGAGAACAAGUCUGCUGUGGGAAUACAAACUCCGCCAGAGCGAUCACCUCGUGUUAUGGAAACUCGGAAUACAUCACCAAGACAACAACGGAGUGUAGGCCUACCAAAAUCUCCAGCUACGCACACUACAGAAGAGCAUCCCGAAGUGCAGCCCAGCCAGCAGUGCAGCCCGCCAUCACUUCGGAGAUCUCAAAGGACUGUGCAAAAGCCGAAGCGGCUCGACCUUUAA